AUGUGGAGAAAGAUGAAGGAUCUAAAGCCGUGGAAAGACCUGAACGGAAAGGUAGUGAUGGUGACAGGAGCGUCUUCAGGAAUUGGGAGAGAGUUCUGUCUCAACUUAGCCAACGCCGGUUGCAGCAUCAUUGCUGCUGCCCGUCGUAUUGACAGACUGAAAUCUCUCUGUGAUGAGAUUAAUUCAAAGGUCCCCGGGCGUGCAAUUGUGGUCCAGCUUGAUGUUACCGCUGAUGGUGCUGCCAUUGAGACCGCCGUACAUUUAGCUUGGGAUGCUUUUGGCCGCAUCGAUGCCUUGGUUAACAAUGCUGGCCUCACUGGUAAUGUGCAUUCUUCACUGGAAUUGCCAGAGGAGGAGUGGGACCAUACCUUUAACACGAAUCUAAAAGGGGCAUGGUUGGUGUCCAAAUAUGUAUGUAGACGUAUGCGUGAUGCUAAACAGGGUGGAGGAUCUGUUAUUAAUACCUCUUCAAUCGCUGGUCUAAAUCGGGUAAUUAUAGCAGGGACUCUCGCUUACGCUUCUUCAAAGAUGGCUCUUGACAUGCUCACUAAGAUGAUGGCCCUUGAAUUGGGAAUAGACAAUAUAAGAGUGAAUUCAAUAGCACCUGGAGUUUUCAAAUCUGAGAUAACAGAAAGCCUUAUGCAAAAGAAAUGGCUCCCUAAUGUUACUAGGCGAACUGUUCCUCUUAGAACUUUUGGAACCACAGAUCCGGCUUUAAUAUCAGUGGUGAGGUACUUAAUCCAUGAUUCUUCAGAAUAUGUUUCAGGCAAUGUCUUCAUCGUUGACGCUGGAACUACCUUACCAGGUGUCCCCAUUUUCUCAUCACUCUAG